UAACUUAAGAGGAGGAAACUUUGUUCAGUGCGUCAGCGGUGCUGUGAUCGAGCUGUGUCCGCCUGUUUCUCAGAGUUAACGGGACUUUCAGCGGAGAGGAAGAUGCUGCUGUGGCUCGUACUGCAGGUCCUCGUUUCCCAGCAUGCCCUGGCUGUGGUGGUGCAGGUGUAUGAGGGGGAAACAUCUGUCCAGCUGCCGUGCCAGGACACAGGUGUUACACUUAAGAACCGUACAGUGCUGUGGACUCGCAAUGAUCUCGACCCCAAAUCUGUCCACCUGAGACGAGAGGAAACCGAUGAUGUAACAGGACAAAACCAGCGUUACAGAGGGCGCACAUCAAUGAGGCCUGAUGCUCUGGACACUUUAGACUUCAGCCUCACUCUGAAAAACCCCCAACCAACAGACAGCGGCAUCUACACCUGCUCCAUCCUAAAUGAAAGGGAGGAACUAAAACUGACAGACAUACAGCUGCAUGUCAAAGAUCAGCAGGUGGAGGUGAAGGUGGAGGAAGGAUCAGACUCUGUCAUCCUGCCCUGCAAAACAAAACCUGACCUGCCUGAAAAGGCCACAGUGGAGUGGAGUCGCCCCGACCGACAACUCACUAUGGUCCAUUUGUAUGUAAACAGAAGUGACCAUCCUAAAAAUUUAGACAACCUUUACUGUGGUCGCGCAAAGAUGAACAAAGACCUGCUGAGAACUGGAGACCUCAGUCUGACCCUGGAAUACCCCACAGAGAGAGACAGUGGAGGAUACAUCUGCACCAUCUACAGGGACAAAGACAUCCUGAGACAGAAAGUAGUGCUGCAGGUCAAAGAACCGUUUCCAUCCUGGGCCACAGCUCUCCUGGUUUUCCUUGUUCUUCUUCUACUUGUUUCUGCGGGUCUUUUAUUUCAAUUCCGUCAUUAUUUGGUGUCAGUGAUUCCGGUGAAGGUGGAGGUGGAGGAGGGGGAAAAGUCUGUCCAGCUGCCCUUUAAAACCACGAAAAACCUGUUGGGGGAAAUUCAAGUGAUAUGGGAACGUUAUGAGCCGUUCCAGAAGGCUCACGUGUUUACAAACGGCCCAAACCAAUAUGAAGAACAGCACGAGGUUUACAGAGACCGAACUGUGAUGAACAAAGACCUGCUGGAAACUGGAGACCUCAGUCUGACCCUGAAACUGCCCACAGAGAGAGACAGUGGAGAGUACAAGUGUUUGGUCUGGAGGAAGGGAACCUUCAUCAGAAAGAAAACUGUGCUGCUCAAAGUCAAAGGUCCAGGAUCAAACAGGGGACAUCAGGACCAGAAGCUGCUUCAGUGAUCAGACUCUCAGUUUUACCCUCAUCACUCUGCCUUUUUGUUCAUUUAGUGGUUUUAAUGUCACAGUGUGAUAAUACAGGAACACACGUUUCACUUUUAAGUCCAGUCACAUCCUCACUCUGUCUUUGCUGUGUGCACAGUCCUUCACUGUGUGUGAUCAGCUACUGUGUGACGUUCCAUGUUCCUCAUCUGUUUCUCACCAUCUUUACAGUCUGUGCUGUUUAACUUUUUAAACCUUCUUUGGGCUUUUCUGCACUUUAAUUAAACACUUUUAAAUAAAGGUUUCACUUCACUUUACUUCACUUAUCGUUUGGUUUUCUGAACAUUUUUCUUGUGUCUUUUGUAUGUAUUAUGUUGCACACAUAGAUUAGUGUUACCCUUGUGUUUAUUUUGGGAUUUUGUUUGUUGUCAUUUUAAGCUUUGUGUGUAUUUGACUUUUGCAAGUUAAAAUGAAGAAAAUAUUUUGGUAUUAAGAAAAAGUCCCAAAGCUGCGAUGCCAACAGAAGGUUGUUAUUUUUACAUUGUGAUGGAAAUGGAGAGUGGAACUAACUAAGUGGAACCAGUGGGCUGUGAGGUGUUGCACCUGGGACUCCUAAGGUGAGGGACCCGUCCUCUCCUCAGAGGAAGAGAAAUGAGAGGUCUGUGUGUUCGUUGCUCUGACAGCUUCUGCUCUUUUUCACCUGCUUGUCUUGAGGCAACUGUUCUCAUGAUUUAUAAAUAAAGCUGAGUUGAACUGUUUGGGUUCACAGAGCGCUGAAUGCAUCA